CUGUUUCUAUUUCUUACAGACGUGGAGUUCUUCCCAUUUGAUGAGCAAGUGUGCACCUUAGUGUUUGGGUCAUGGACAUAUAACGAGAAUGAAAUCAAACUAGAGUUUGAACAAGCUGAAUGGGUUGAUCUAUCCGAAUAUUCGGCCUCUUCCAUCUGGGAUGUAAUGGAUGCGCCAGCAUCAUUAGUCAAUAAAAGGAGUAGGAUUGAAUUCCAAGUUAGGAUACGACGAAAAACCUUGUUCUACACUGUUGUGCUUAUCAUCCCAACUGUUCUCAUGGCUUUCUUAAGUAUGGCUGUGUUUUUCUUACCUACUGAUUCAGGAGAGAAAAUGACAUUGACAAUUUCCGUACUAUUGUCUAUUGUUGUGUUCUUGCUACUUGUUUCAAAGAUUCUACCACCAACUUCCAGCACUAUUCCGCUCAUGGCAAAGUAG